AUGGCUGCCAUGCUGAGCCUCCGGGCUACCGACUGUCGACUCCACGACCGCCGCGGCGUGCACGCGCCGACGUACGUGCACCGCCGGCCGAUGUGGGAGCAGUCCGCCGCCGCCGUCGCCGUAUCCUCGGCCCCUCCGCGUUCGUCCAGGCUGCCUGGCAGCCAUGGACGGCGGGGAGAGGGGCGGCAGGCGCGCGGGCGUGGGUCGUCUCCCCGCGCCGGCUCACGGCCGCAGACGGGGACGCUCACCAUGGAGAACGUCGUGAUCCUGAAGCGCGGGGAGCCUAUCGCGCCGGAGAUCAGGGCAAAGCUGACGGUGGCGGCUCCCGCCGCGGACCAGAGCGACGGUGCAUCGGCGGCGGCGGAGAAUGCCGAGCCUGCCCCGGCGGCUGCGCAGCUCCAGCGCGUCGCGCCUGCGCCUGCGCCUGCGAAGGAGGCUGAGAAUGCGGUGGUUCCAGAGCUGGGAGUCACACCGGCGAAGAGUCAGCCUGUGGCAGACGUAGAGAAGUACAUUGCGCCGGCGAGGAGGGCCGAGGCUGUGGCGGAGGCGACCGCGGGCCAGCGACGACAAGGAGCCCCGGCGACGGCGACGAAACUGUACUGGGGGCCAUCGUUCAAGAUCUCGCCGGAUCCCUCCGUGCUGCCCAUCCCCACCUUCACGCUGAAGCCACGCGGAGGCCGCUCGGCUGCAUGCGCGUCAUGA